UUUUCAUUUAUUAUUUUUCUGCACAAAGUAGAGAUGCACUCAAUGAAGAGGAAUCAUCCUGCUUUUGAUGCAAACGCUCAUCAUCUCGAAAAGGAAAUCUCACUAUAAACCUAAUGUGACGUGAGCUACGGUCUAUAUUUGGAAAAUAAACCCCGCCCACGUCCGUGGUGCCCGAUUCCGUCAGAGUUGUAAAAAUGGACCCAAUCAUGCGCCUGAGACGCACGGGAAGGCGUGUCUCAGAUUGCGCUUAAAUUUAAGUGUGUGCAGCAGCGAAGGGCUCAGGUCGUUUUGGGGUUUACACCCAACCGGUACCUCGCAAAGCUAGACUCUUUGUUGGAUCCAUUCAUUCUAAGACGCCGUUUGCAGUUUCGAACCCUUUCUGGAGACCGUAGGACGGAAUUUCUCCCAAAACUGGAGUUGUGCGGAUGCGCUUCAAGAGACGAUGCAGCUACUGUGAUCCACGCGGGAGCCUCCACGCCGAACGCUUCUCACGCGCACGACUUUGAACCAAAUAUACACACAGCUGCUGUGUUUUUGCGCAUUUAGAAAACUCUCCAAUCAACCUGCGGGCGGUGCGCGGAAGGCGGAUGAGCACCAGGCGUCCGCCUCACAGCGCGCCACGACCCCGGUGAUGUGGAUCCGUCCCACUUUGCCGAGCUUUUUUACGGCCGGAGCUGGACACGUUGUGAAAACCGGGCACAGUUUGAGGAGUUAAACGGCUUUUUUUUUCAUCUUCUUUUAAUUGUUUGUGUCUUUGACGACUGUGCACCGCAGCGGCGAUGAUUACUGGGAACGAUGGGACGGAGAGCGACUCCCCGCUGCAGCGCUCCCCGAGCACCUUGUCCAUCCAGCCGAUGUCGUCCAAGCUCCAGAGACUAAAGCGCUCGCUGUCCUUCAAGACCAUCAUGCGCAGCAAAAGCGUGGAGAACUUCUUCCAAAGGUCCUACAGCGACGCUCGCCUGCCCCCGGACUUCACGCCUCCUUCUCCCCCGCUGACGCCCGGCUCCCCUCUGGGUGGCGACCGGUCGCCGUCCAUUUCGCCAUCUCUCAGCCCCAACCCCUCCAUCUGCUCCCACUCCCCCUCUCUCAGCCUCUCCCCAUCGCUGCCCGCCAAACCUGCGCGGCCUCAGAUCACCCACUGUUUCCAGGACCAUGUCUUCCGCAAACCAACCAACUGUCAGCACUGCAAGCACAUGAUAGUGGGAAACUCCAAACAGGCUUUGCGGUGUAAGACGUGCAAGAUGGCGGCUCACCUGUGGUGCACCUCGGAACUAUCGCUGCAGUUGUGCCACGGGAAGUCCGGCGCGUUCAAGCGAAACUUCAGCUCGCCGAUGCUUGUCAAUGACCAGUUGUCUGUUGUCAAGGAAGUGCAACCGAGCCAAGAGGCUGUGCGGAUGCGUGUAGAUCCCGUGUACGCCGCCCUGCGCUAUGGGACUUCCUUGGCACAGAUGAGCCGCUCCAGUUUUGGCAGUUUGUCCGAGUCACCGACGCGCAGCCUGGGGGAGGGAGGUGAGGAGAUGCAGCAGAGACAGUACAGCUUGGAGGAAGUGAUAACUCAAGAGAUAGGGGACAUCUCCGUCCCCGACGUCGAGCUGGAGAAGAAGGAGGAGGAGGAGGAGGAGGAGGAGGAGGAGGGCGAGAGCUGCAGCGGAGCCCCGACUCCCUCCGAGGCUCAGACUCCCGCCGAAGCCCCCAAUGCCGCAGAGGAGAGCAGUGUGAUGGUACCCAAGCGCAUUGAAGUUCACUCCAUCCACACCUAUGUAGCGCUCUACAAGUUUCUGCCUCAGGAACUGAAUGACCUGGAACUUCAGCCUGGUGAUCGUGUGCAGGUCACUGAUGACUCUAACGAAGAGUGGUGGAAGGGCAAGAGCGGCGACAAAGUCGGCUUCUUCCCAGCCAACUUUGUGCAGAGGGUCCGGCCAGGAGAGAGAGUGUGGCGGGUCGUCCAAGGCUACCCGGGCAGCCGAGAGAGAGGACACAUGGCCGUGAGGGAAUCCCAGAUCUGCGUUGGAAAGCGGGAGGACGGCGAGGUGUUCCUGAAGCUGAGCAGCGGAAAGAAGCGAGGCUUGGUCCCCGCUGAGUCCAUAGAGGAGAUCUGA